AUGAAAAGUAAGAAUAAAGUUCAAGUUAAUUCAUCAUUAAGACAAAAACCAUCAAUUAAAGCUAAUAAUUCCUCAUUCGAGAUUGAUAUUAUUGAUAAAGAAAUAAAGAAAGAACUUUUAAAUGAUUCAGGAAUUUCAAUUGAUCAACAUCAAAGUGCACCAUUAAAAAGUCGACGUUUUUCACCAUCUUCUGAUAAAGUAAUUAUAAAUUCUAAUGAUCAAAAUUCAACAAUUUCACGUAAACAACGAAAACGAAAUUGUCAAAUUCGCAAACAACGACGUAAACAAUUUAUUUAUGAAAAAGAAUUAAUUAAUAAACAGCAAUUAUCAGUACUUUUUUUGUCAACAACAAAAUUUAUUAUUGAAACAAGACGAAAAAAAUGUAAAACAUUUGUUUGA